AUGCAAGGACCGACCGACCGAACGCAGCUGGCCGGUGUAUCGGACAAGAAGGGAAAUGUUGGUGCUGAAACUAGCGGCGUUGAGUUUCACGGAGCCCGGCCCCUAGUUCCUGGUAUCAACGUUGAUGAUUUUCUCCCGCUGGAGCACAUAUUCUUCCUCGGUGGCCCUGAAGGAGGAGGAGGAGGAGGAGGAGGAGGAGGAGGAGGAGGAGGAGGAGGAGGAGGAGGAGGAGGAGGAGGAGGAGGAGGAGGAGGAGGAGGAGGAGGAGGAGGAGGAGGAGGAGGGAGAGGAGGAGGAGGAGGAGGAGGAGGAGGAGGAGGAGGAGGAGGAGGAGGAGGAGGAGGAGGAGGAGGAGGAGGAGGAGGAGGAGGAGGAGGAGGAGGA